AUGUCAUACGUUUAUUCUGCCGCCAUAUACUCGCCAGGGGAGGGUAAAACUGUUAAAAACUUGGAAGACGAAGCCUGUGGCUGGCGAGGUGAGAUAGCAUCUAGUAGAAGUGGCAUCAAUUUUGACGACCUGAGUGGAGAACAAGCCAUGUCUCGGCACUAUGAUAUUCCGUAUCGAGUGCCAGCAUCAAGAGGUGCUGCAGGGACACCACACGGGUCUGCCCCUUCACCUAGAAUGGACGAUGAAGAAUACCAUGACGAAACUUUAUUCUUCGAAAGAAGUAGAAUUAAACAACUGCAGGAUGAGCGUGUGCAUAUCCAAAAGAAAACAUUCACUAAAUGGUGCAACUCUUUUCUUAAUCGGGCUAGAUUAGAGAUUGUCGACCUCUUCGUGGAUGUUGGUGAUGGAGUCCUGUUGAUGAAAUUGCUCGAAAUUAUUUCCGGCGAAAAACUAGGAAAGCCAAAUAGAGGACGUAUGCGCGUUCAAAAAAUCGAAAAUUUAAACAAAGUACUGGAUUUCUUGAAGAAACAUAAGAUUCAAUUAGAAAAUAUUGGUGCUGAAGAUAUCCUUGAUAAAAAUGAAAGAUUGAUUCUGGGUCUUAUUUGGACUAUUAUUCUUCGCUUCCAAAUCGAUACUAUUGUCAUCGAGGAUGAGGAAGAAAGAGGUGAAAGACGCCAAGCUAAAGAUGCUCUUCUGCUCUGGUGCCAGCGUAAGACUUUGGGUUACUCGAAUGUUAGAAUCGAAAACUUCACUACUAGCUGGAGAAGUGGUCUUGCUUUCAAUGCUCUCAUCCAUGCUCAUAGACCUGACUUACUCAACUUUGACAGUCUCAAUCCAAGUGAUCAUAUCGGUAAUCUUAAUAAUGCCUUCGAUGUUGCCGAGAAGAAGUUGGAGAUUGCUCGCUUGUUGGAUGCCGAAGAUGUCGAUUCAGCACGCCCUGAUGAGAAAUCUAUCAUCACAUAUGUAUCUAUGUAUUAUCACUAUUUUGCUAAACAAAAAACUGAAAUGACUGGAGCCCGUCGUGUUGCUAAUAUUGUUGGAAAACUGAUGAACAGUGACAGCCUAGAAGAGGAUUUUGAGCAUAUCUCAUCUGAUCUCCUUCAAUGGAUCAAUGACACUAUCAAGGCUUUGGACGACAGAAGAUUCCCCAACUCAUUGCAAGGAAUGCGUGAAGAACAUACUCUCUUUAAUAACUUCCGCACUGUUGAUAAGCCACCUAAAUAUAAAGAGAAAGGAGAGCUGGAAGCAUUGUUUUUCACUAUUCAAACGAAAAGAAAAGCUAUGGGUCGAAAGCCUUAUGUCCCUCCACAAGGCUUGUUCAUGCAAGAUAUAGAAUCGGCCUGGGAGAGAUUGGAUAGAGCUGAGAACAAUCGACAACUAGCUAUCAUCGCUGAACUUCAGAGACAAGAGCGACUUGAACAAAUGGCUCAGCGUUUCCAUAAAAAAGCUAAACUUCGUGAAGGAUGGCUUGUUAAUGUCAGAUCAGUCUUGGAGAACAUGGAUCAUGGUAGAAGUGCUAGUGAAGUCGAAAACGCUGUCAAGAAGCAACAAGCCAUAGAAACUGACAUAUUUGCCAGAGAAGAGCGCUUCAAACUUCUUUCUUCCAUGAGUUCGGAUCUUAAUAGAGAGAAGUAUCAUGAAGCUGAUAAGAUUCGUGCUGUAGAAAGAGAUAUCAAUGAAAGAUGGACUCAACUCCUAUCCUUGUUGAAACAACGCCGCGAUGCUUUAAUGGGUCUAAAUGAUCUUAUGAGUCUGCUUCGGAGCAUUGACACUUUAUCAAGCGAACUGAAACUAUUAGAGCCUCUCGUUCGUAAUCGUGAUGUCGGAAAACAUCUUCUCGGUGUUGAAGAUUUAUUGAUAAAACACGAGUUGAUUGAAGCUCAAAUCAAUGUUCAAGGAACCGCACUCCAAAGUGUAACGGAACGCUCCCUUCUUUAUAUCAGACGUAAAGGAGAGCAGUAUGAGUUUUUACAGAGAAAACUCAAUGAUCUUACUUCGCAGUACAAUACUUUGGCUGAUUUAUCGCAGUCUCGCCGUCUCAACCUUGAAAAGGCUCGAGAACUGUUCCAAUUCAUUCAGGAUCAUGGCGAAGAAAUGGCUUGGCUAGAGGAGAAAGAAGAGCUUUGUAACCGAGCUCUUGCUAGUGGUGAUGUUUCAGCCGUUCAUCAGAUAACUUUACUUUACAAGAACUUGGAAAAUGAUAUGCAACUUCAUUGGGCUAGAAGCAAAGACUUAAUCAACUCUGGUGAAAGAUUAAUUCAAGCUGGACAGUCUAAAGAAGAUAUCCAAAGAAGAAUUUCUGUAUUCCAAUCUUCUUGGGAAAGAUUGCGUGCUGUUGUACAAGCUCUCGGCCAAUGGUUGAGUGAAGCACGUCAAGCUCAACAAUAUUUCCAAGAUGCGAAUGAAGCUGAAUCGUGGAUUAGAGAGAAAAUGCCAUUGGUUAAAUCAGAUGAUCUCGGACGCGAUGAAGCAGUAGCCGAAUCAUUACUUCAACGUCAUGCUCGUUUGGAGGAAGAAGUUCACGCUUACCGAUCUGACAUGAUACGAUUGGAAGAAAUGUCGGGAACUUUGGCAAACAGUUCUUUGUUCUCUACUGCCUCUAGCUCUCAAGAAACAGAGGAUAUAACUGUUCCACAGCUAGAAAUGCUUUAUAAAUUUGAUGGCAACGGAAUGAAUGUUUCUAAAGGCGAGGUUCUCGCUCUACUCGAGAAAGCUACACCCGAAUGGUGGAGAGUUUUGAAGCAGGAUGGUGUUGAAGGAUACGUACCAGCUAAUUAUUGCAGAAUUGUUCCCGGAGAAAAGGUGACGGUUACUCAAACAUCAACUAAGAAAGGUUCUGAACCACAAGAUGGAAAGAGAGCUGUCAUUGAUAGACAAAAAAUGAUUACUAAUGACUAUCGUCAACUUAAUAACCUAGCUGAUGUACGACGCAGACUACUUACGGAUAACAUUAAGCUCAUGAAAUUCUAUCGUGAAUGUGACGAAUUCGAAGCAUGGGCUCGUGAAACAGAGCUCGCUCUUUCGGAUGAACCCACUGUUGAACAUAUUCAAGCUUUCAGAAGACGCUUCGAUAAGAUUGAAGCUGAUAUCAGAAGUAAUGGAGGAACUCAACUCAAAGGAAUUAAUGACAAGGCUGAGGAACUUAUUGGUGAAGGACAUAGUCAAGCAAGACAAAUCGAAGCUCGGCAAAGAAAAGUUAACGCUCUUUGGAACGAGAUUGAUCGUCUUCGCAAAAUGAGAGGAUUGCGUUUGGAAGCUACCGAGAGGGUAGCUGAUUUCGAAUCUUCUUGUGCUGAAGCUAGUAACUGGAUGCAGAUGAAAUCUGAAGGACUUGAGAAGAACCCUGAUCUCAAAAGCUUACAAAACCUUGAGCGUGAUUUGAAACCUCUUGAAGACACCAUCAAGAAUUUAGAAGACUUGGCUAAUAGGAUUCGCAAAGAUCAUCCUGAAGAGGCUGCUAUGAUUGAUCAGAGAAUUCGUGAAUUGAAAGAUCAGUAUGCCAGACUUCUGGCUGGAGCCGGUGAGAAGAUCAAAAAGGCUGAACAAACUCAAGGACAAGAAAUGUUUGAUUCUGCUCUGAGAGGUGUUUUGACAUGGAUCGAUCGUACUAAGAGCAUAUUGGCUCACGAUGUGAGACCUGUUGAUGUUCAAGAAGCCGAAGAACUCCUUAAGAAACAUUACGAACUAGGAGAGCAAAUGAAGGAUAAAAAAUAUGAAGUCGAAUACGUGCAUGAGCUCGGACGUCGUCUUCUUGAAAAGAAUCCAAGACUGAGAGAAGUAGAAGAAAAAUUACGUGCACUCUCUAAUGAGAUGUCAGAUCUCAAGGACAUGUACCGCCAACGUGAUGCUCGCUUGAAAGAACACUUGGACUUGCAAUUGUUCAAUCGGGAAGCAGAGCGAAUCGAUGCUACUACCAAAGGGCACGAAGCCUUCUUGGAUUAUACUGACUUGGGAGACUCGGUCGAAUCUGUUGAGAACUUGUUGAAACGUCACAGAGACCUCGAAGCCAAGUUGGAUGCUCAAGAGGCUCGUCUUGACGCUUUCUCUGUAAAUGCUAAUGAGCUGAUCAAAGCAAAGCAUUCUGAGAGUGGUUACAUUGACAGUAGAAGAAACGAAGUUCUUGCUCACCGUGCUGCCGUCCGUAGAUUGGCAGGAGAUCGCCGUCGUCAGUUAGAAGACUCUCUGGAGUACCAAAACUUACGUCGAGACGCGGAAGAAAUGUCAGCAUGGAUUCUAGAGAAAAAGCGUAUGGCGAAUGAUGAAUCUCACCGUGACUUAUCGACCAUCAGCAACAAAUUGCUUAAGCAUGAAGCUUUCGAAGCUGAAGUGGGAGCCAAUCAACCAAGAAUUGAUAAGAUCAAUCGAGAUGGAGCGGCUCUCAUUAAUCAAAGACACUCUCAAUCUGGAGCUGUUGAAAGCAUUGUCAAUCGAGUCAACGCUCAGUGGAGUGAUUUGGGAAAAGCUGUUCUACUGAAAGGAGAGAAGCUACGUCAAGCCGCUGAUCAGAAGGGGCUUAAUCGUAUAUUGGAGGACGCUCAUGCUAAACUCGAUGAAUUAGAAGCUGUUUUAAAAUCCGACGAGUUAGGGUCAGAUUUGAGAGCUGUUAAGGAUUUGAUUCAAAAACACGCAGUGCUGGAGCAAGAAAUGGCUAUUCAUAAGAAAAGACUCUCUGAAAUCCAAUUACGAGGAAAAAAGAUGGCUGAUCAAGGCCAUUUCGAUUCUGAUAAGAUUGAUGCCACUAUAAAUGCUCUUCUGAACAGAUUUGAUCAGUUAUCUGGACCUGCUGCUGACAGAAAGUUAGCUCUAGAAGAAUCCAGGAAGUGGCAUCAGCUAUCUUUCGACGUUGACUGCGAGCUUCAAUGGAUUGCAGAGAAGAAACCAGUUGCAUCUUCCGAAGACACUGGACGAACUCUCACCGAAUCGUUGAAUAUUGUCAAGAAACAAGAACAAUUAGAAGCUGAGGUUAAUCAGCAUUCAAGUCAUAUCGAAAACACCAUUGGGCAAGGAGAAUCAUUAAUUCGCAGCGGUCAUCGUGCUUCAGCACACAUCAAGGCGAAAUGUGAAGAGUUAUCCAACGCUUGGAGAAACUUGAAUGAUCUUGUAAAACGUCGCAGAGCAAUUGUUGAUUGGGGUGUUAAGGAGCAACAGUACAUGUUCGAUGCUGCUGAGAUUGACUCAUGGAUGAAUGAAAAAAGAUCAGCCAUCGUUUCCGAGGAUUAUGGUACUGAUGAAGAUGCUGCUCAGAAACUCCUUGCAAAGCACAAAGCUCUGCAAAACGACAUGCAUACAUACAAACAGUGGAUCGAGAAGUUAGCUGCCAAAUGCAAUGAACUCCUAAACUCGAAGCGUCCAAAUGUUGAACGAUUUGACAUCCGUCAAAAAGAACUCGAAGCUGAAUUUGACCGUCUCAGUGCUUUGGCUGAAGAGAGAAGACGAGCAUUAGAAGAUGCCGUUUGCUUAUUCGAAUAUAUGCGUGAGAGUGCUGAUUUGGAGCAAUGGAUCAACGAACAGCUGAAUACUGCUAUGAGUGAAGAUUAUGGAGAAGAUUAUGAACACCUUACCGAACUGCAGUCUAAGUUCGAAGAGUUCAAGCAAAGUGUUAAGACAGGAAGCGAAAGAUUUGUAUCAUGUGAAGCUGCUGCGAAUUCUAUUCUCCGCCGCAAUCCACCAUUCGCUCAAGACAUACUCAAAAAACAAGAGAAGCUUCGAUCGGUUUGGACCCUCCUCUUGGAUUAUAUAGAAUCAAGACAACAGAAGUUGAAUGCUGCCCAAGAGCUUCAUAGAUUCAAUCGUGAUGUUGGUGAGCAUGAAGAAUGGGUCGCAGAAAAAAUGGGACAGAUGAAUGGAGACCUUGGACGCGAUGUUAAACAAGUUCAUUCUCUCUAUCAACAACACGAAACUGUUGAACAUGAAAUUGUCAAUAUGGAACCUCGAUUGAACAAACUUCUCGAAGAGUCAACUCGUUUGAAGCAGGCUUAUCCUGGAGGAAACGCUGAUCACAUUGCUGUGCAACAAACCCAGCUUGCUGAAGGAUGGCAAGAUUUGAAAGAUGCUGCUGCUGAUCGACGCGAUGCUCUCAGAGCAGCUUAUGAUCUUCACAAAUUCAAUGGCGAAGCUAGGAACUUGAUAGCCUGGUCAGAUGUAACGAUUGCCGAUAUGCAAUCUGAAGUUCAGAUUCAUGAUUUGCAACAGGCUGAAUGGUUGCAAAAGGAGCAUUCUCGCCUCAGUAAUGAAAUCGAUGCUCGUGAACCUGAGUUCGUGAAGUUGGCCCAAGCUGGUAGAAAAAUGGUUGCUUCUGAACACUAUGCCAAAGAUGAAGUACUGUACAAGAUUGAUUUGAUUGAAAAGGCUAUAUCUCGUCUACGAAAUGAGUGGGAUAUUAGAAACAGCUAUUUGGCACAAGUUGUACAAUGGCAUGCCUUCCAAAGAGAAGCAAAGCAAAUUCUUGCUGCCAUAUCUUCCAAGAGAAAUACAUUGAAAUCUCUUGCUGUUGGAGGCCGCGUGUCUGAUGUUGAAAAUCAAAUGAAACGUCUUGAGACUUUUGCUAAGGCUUUAUCCACCUUAGACGACCGAGUCAGAGAUUUGGAUAACAGCGCUAAGCUAUUAAUUGACGCAAGACAUAUGGAAAAGACCAACAUAGAGAUUUGGAGAAGAAAAGUACAUGAUGCACUCAUGGCUCUACGUGAAGAUGUUGAUCAACAUCGCUUAGUUCUAACAGAUGCCUACAGUCUCGCUGCUUUCGACAGUGAUGUAGCUGAUAUGGAUGCUUGGAUCGAUGAGAAGUUGAAUGGAAUACGUGCUGAACAUGAGAGACAAGGACAAUGUACAUCAGUGGAAGAUAAGAUGAAGCUUCUGCAAAAACAUCAAGCUUUGGAGGCUGAACUCUCAACGAACAAACAACAAGUUGAUCAAGUUCUUAGGCGCGGAAAGGAGCUGAACUUGAAGCACAGAAACCCUGAUAUUUCUUCUCGAUGUGAUCAUUUACAAAGACGUUGGGAUGUUCUUGCUAGUGCUAGUAGCGACCAGUCAAGAGCAUUGGAAGAGUUCCGUGACUUGCUCAGUUUCCGCCAAUUGGUUGACCGGGUCCUUCUCUGGAUUAGAGAAAAGGAGUCAAUGGUAUCAGCCGGAGAAAUGGGACGUGAUCUGGAACACUGCAAGCUGUUGAUCGAAAGAUUGAACGGCACCACUGCUGACACUUCUGUUGAUGAACAAACUUUAGUUGAAAUCAACAGAUUAGGUGAAAAAUUAGUGCGUCAAGGAAGAUCUAGCCAUGAAGAAGUUCAACAACAACAGGAUCAACUCAAUCAAAUGUGGAUUUCGCUCCAAGGAAAGUUGGAUAGCUAUCGUUACGAUCUCAAUGCUGCUCUCGAAGUUCACGCUUUCAACCGGGAUGUUGAUGAUACUAAUGAGCGUAUCAAUGAGAAAAUCGUCGCUAUGAAGAGUGAUGACUAUGGAAGAGAUUUUUCAAGUGUUGAUGCGUUGUUGAGAAAACAAACCGCUUUGGAAAGAGAUAUGAGUGCCAUACACCAAAAGCUCACUGCUCACGAUAAAGAUGCUCAAGCUAUAUUAUCCAAGAAACCUCCUCUUAAAAAUACCAUACUCAACUCUCUCAAGAAGCUUGAAGAUAGUUGGCAAAAGUUGAGCGACUCAGCAUUGGAGAGAAACAGCAAACUUGACAAAUCUUAUCAACUUCAUAAGUAUUUGGACAAUGUCAAGAAGGCCGAACAAUGGUCUUCCCAUUUACGUAGCAAAAUGUCAUCGUAUCAAUCACCCCGUACUAGCGUAGCGGCUAGGCAGCUGAUUCAACAACACCAGGAAAGAAAAGCUGAAAUUGAUGGACGACAAGAUGAGUUGAAGGAACUCCAUGAAGAAGGUCAGAGAUUGACCAAGGAACAACCUGAGCAUAAGAAUGAAGUCCAAAGAGCUCAUAAAAGAGUUCAAAACUCUGAACAUCAGCUUCGUCAAACAUGGGAAGGAGAAAAGUCUUCUCUUCAACGUGUUUUGGAAUGGCUGCUCUGGUGCGAUCAGGCUUCACUGACCGAGCAAUGGGUGAUAGAUAAAGAAAACAUCCUCAAGCAAGGUGAUUUAGGAGACAACGCUGAUGCUGUUCAGAUGCUUAUCAAAUCUCAUGAUGCUUUCGAAGAAACUGUGAAGAAACAAAGUGAGAAAGUUGACAUCUUGAAACGAGAUGCAGACACCCUUCUUAAGAGUGACAAUGAGUACAAGGGAGAUAUCUCUGCUAGAUCUGAGGAAAUCUUACAAAGAUAUUCCAACUUGUUGGAUUUAUCCUCGAAUAGAAGAAGAAUGCUCAUUGAAAGCAAGAGGUAUCAUGAAUUCAUCCGAUCAUGUGGAGAACUUAUCACUUGGAUUACUGCCAAAUUACAACUAGCUUAUGACGAGUCAUAUUUGGAUCCUAUCAAUCUCCGUUCCAAACUCCAAAAACAUCUGGCUUUUGAUUCUGAACUCAAUGAGAAUGAAAAACGACUCGCUGUAGUUGAAGAGCAAGGAAAUGAUUUGAUCCGAGAAAAGCAUUUCAUGAGCGAACAAGUGAAGGCUCAAUUAGUUGAACUUCGCAGUGGAUGGAGUGAGCUCCGUUCCAAAUCUGCUUUGAAAACUCAAAGGCUGCGAGAGGCAUAUGAUGCUCAUAUGCUUCAUCGCAAAGUUGAAGAUAUUGAACGCUGGUUGGAUAAGAUUGAGAACGAAUUAUCUUCCGAAGAUCAUGGACGUGAUAUCGAAUCUGUGGAAAACUUGAUCAAGAAGCUCGAGAACAUAGAGGCUGAAAUCAAAGGAAGAGCUGAUGUAGUGAAUGAUAUCAAGAUCAAAGCUAAGGAGCUGAUGAAUAAGUCUUCCACACAGCCGGAGAACAUCCUUUCUCAAGUUGAACAAGCUCAGUUGCGUUACGCAUCCCUUGGUGACCCUGUUUCAAUCAGAAGAGAGAACCUAAGAGAUGCUUUGCGAUUGUAUGAAUGGUCUGCUAAAGCUGAAGACGAAAUUGAAUGGUUAUCGGAUAAACUUCCUUUCGCCCGAAGCACCGAUUUUGGUGAUUCACUGCAUUCAACUAUCAGUCUCCAGAAAAAACAUGCUGCUCUGGAGAAGGAGUUAGAGUCACGUCAAUCCUCUCUACACGAAACCGAGGCUCAAGGAGCUAGAAUGGUCAGAGAAAAACACUUUGCCUCUCUGCAAAUUCAAGCAACUAUUGACCGUAUAUCAGGAGCUAUGCUUUCUAUGAAGGAUGCCGCUGUGAAGAGACGUCAAAGAUUAGAACAAGCAGUUUCUGCUCAAGAAUAUUAUAUGGAAGUUAGCGAAGCUGAACAAUGGAUUCGAGAUCAACUGCCUGUUGCUGCUAAUCAAGAAACUGGCAAAAAUCAAACCGGAACAGAAGGAUAUCUUCGUCGUCUAACUACAUUAGACAACGAAGUUUCCAUUUUUGACGGUGAAGUUGCCAGAUUGAAAAAGAAAUCUGAUGAACUCAUCCAGACAGAUCAUCAUGAUGCCAAUCAGAUAUCUUUACGUCAAGGAAAACUCGAAACUUCUUAUGCUAAUCUUCUCCAAGAAUGUAAUCGUCGCCGAACUCAACUCGUGGAUGCUAAUCGGUAUCAUCGGUUUGUACGCCAAGUUGAUGAUUUGUCUGACUGGCUUCAUGAGAAAGAAAAGGUUGCUGCUUCUGAGGAGGUCGGUAGAGAUCUCGAGGAUUGCAUUGACAUCAUCGAAAAGUUCGAAUCCGUUGUUCGCGAGUUAGCUGCUGCCGGAGAGAGAGUAGCUAGCGUCCAAAGAGCUCAAGAUGAAUUACUUCGAUCAGGUCAUCCAUACGCAGCUUCCAUCCGUGCUAAAGGAACAGAUCUGCUUGAGUUAUGGCAUAGAGUGAACAGAGCUGCAACUGAGCGUCAGCAAGACAUGGCGGGAGCUAAACAAAUUCAUCGAUUCGAUCAAGAAGCUGAUCAGCUCCUCAAUUGGCUCGGAGACAAGGAAGCAACUGGUGUUGCUCUUGAACAAGAAGAUCUUUCUCAAGCUGAUUUGGCUGCUGUGAAGUCUCAAAUGCAACGAUACGAAGAAUUUGCUCAUGGAUUAAAAGCUGUUGAGAAACAAGUCAUUGAACUCUGUGGCGAGGCAGAAAGAUUGUGGGCUGCAUUCCCUGAUACAAGAGAACAUUUGGAAGUACGAAAAAUGGAUAUGGAAGAACAACUCAAGGAUAUUUUGGACUCAUCCAAAAAGCAUCAUAAUCGCUUAUUGCAUUUGGAGAAUUUGCAAGCAUACUUCCAGGAGUAUCGCGAGUUGAUCCAAUGGAUGAAGAAAAUGCAAGCUUUAAUGACUUCUGAGCAGCUGCCUAGAGACGUUAAAGGAUGUGAGGCUUUGGCUAGAAAGCAUGAUGAAUAUAACCUGGAGAUGCAAGGCAGAAAAGGACAUGUCGAUGAUUUCAUCAGCAAGGGUAAAAACAUGAUCCAAAAUGGUCAUGUUCUUGCGCAAGAAAUCUCUGACAAAGUUGCGUUCCUUGAGAAAUCUUGGGCGGUUCUGUGCGAAGUAUGGAAAGAUCGUCAUGAGUUAUACACAGAGAACACUGAUUGCCAAUUAUGGAAGCAGAAUGCAUCCGAGUUAGAACUUUGGCUUAUCGAAAGAGAAGCAUUACUUGGAGAGGACUGGAGACAGCUAGACUCAGUUGAAACUGCUGAAUCGCAUCUUCGUGAUUAUGAAGACUUCUUGGUCACUGUAAAUUCACAGUCAGAGAGAUGUGAAGGUGUUAAGCGAUUGACCCUCAUCGAACAAAACUUCAGUAAACUCCGUCGAAAGGAGAGUGAUAGAGCUCGUAUUGCUGAGGAUGAACGUCGUCGCGAUACCAUUAAGAUUGUGGAGAAAGGAAAUAUUCUCGGCGAUCGUAGAAUGAUCAGAGAGAGAAGAAAAACAUUAGAGAUCUCCAUUACAAGAGCUGCUGAAGAAGCCAAUUUGGGUAUUACCCACACAUUACCUAGACCAUUAGAUAGAAGAGAAAGAAGCAAAACUGCUGUUAUUGAUGAUGCUCCUGUAUCUCAACCCGGUCCUCAACAAUCUCAGCCAGGAACAAACACUGAAGUAGAGCAUAAGACAACAGGCUUCUCUACUCGUCGUACACAGUCAAGUCGCGUCGCCAAUCAGUUUGAUGAUUUCACAGCUAUUGAUAUGACUGGAUUCCUCGAUCGUAAGCAAGAUCUGGCAACUGGAGGAAAACGUUUCACUAUUCGUUCGUGGAAAAACUACUAUGUUAUCUUAUGCGGACAACUCUUAUGCUUCUUCAAGGAUGAAUUAUCAUUCAAACAGAGCGUAGCUGCUGCACCUCCAGUGUACAUUUAUGGAGCCACAUGCGAACCAUAUCAUGAGAACGUAAAGAGAAAGAAUGCCUUCAGAUUGACAACUCAAGAUGGUGCUAACUAUAUCUUCUCAUGUGCCGAUUUCCGAACCAUGUCAGAAUGGAUGAUUAAGAUUCAAUUCCAUGCUGCUCUGGCUCCAUCCAACCAACUAAAAUCAUUCUCAUUCUACAAAUCGUGA